AUCCGAUCAAGUUUCAAACACCUCGAGUGCGCAAAGCUAAAUGGAACUUUCCCUUUAAAACAUCCAUUUUUAUAACCUUACUUAUCACUUCUGUGUCAUUUCCUUUUUCCUCUCUUCGCAUACUUAAUAUCUAUCUAACUUUCUAUAUAACUACAAUAACCUCUCUCGGAUUUUAUUUCCCUCUUUUUGCUUUGUUGAAAUUUAGAGGAAGUCCUACCAUUCUUACCAUUCUUAUAUCGGGAACUAUCAAACUGCCGAAAACGUCUUGGCCCUGCACCCGGCCUCUACAGCAUUUUCCAUUUCGUCAGAAUUUACCAUUUUCAACCUUCAUGUCACCUUAAUAUUUUCUUUAAAAGUUCGAGGGAGGAAGAACUACUACGAAGCAAAGAGGCCACGAUAUAGAGCAGAUACCAACCUCAGUUUGGCCCAUAAUGGAGGCCACCGAGCUGGGCAAUGACACGAGAGGCUGGAUCAUGUGCCUGGUGAGCGGCAUUGCAUGCCUGAUAGGAUCUUCCAUCAUCUACGUCGAUGUUGUCGUGCGGAUGUUGCCUGGUAAGAAGGACUUUCGAAUACAGGACAGCAAUGCAUUCCUCGCUUGUUCGCUGAGCUUGAGCUUCGGCGUAAUGUUGUUCAUGUCGCUGUAUAGUAUGUUGCCCGAAUCGAAGGACUACCUUAAGAAGGGAGGUUAUUCAGAGCAGGCGGCAGGCUUCAUCUUGAUGGCCUGUUUCGUAAGCGGAUUCGUGGGUAUUCAAAUACUAUCGAGAUUAUUUCAUCAACUUCUGCCUUCGCAUGUCGUCGACUGCGAUCAUAGUCACGACGACCAUGCUUUAGAUAGCCAUCAUUCCCAUGAAAAUGGCUUCGGCCGUAGGCUAUCUUCACAUGCAUCCCAGUCUCGAAGCAUCAGCAGACGCCAACGUUCCACACACGCUCAUAUCGAUACUCACAAGCCUCCCGUAAGCGAAAAUGGACACGCCAGUGAGAUUACACCACUUCUACAAACAGAUACCGCGGACGAAGCUCGUCGCGCCCGACCACUAAGGAGGGCGGAAACCGAAAGCCCUACGGAUGCGCACCCUCCCGCACCCUCACAUGGCCCUCGUGACCGGGCGGCAACAUCAGAAAGGCGGCCUUCGAUGCUACAGAAGCGAGUCUUGUCCUUUGUGAAAGACACCAAAUCAAACUGCGAUGAGGCUGGUCCAUGUUUUGGAUACACAGAUCCUUGCGGCCAAGAAUGCUACAAGCACCUCAGUAGCCGAUCCGCACCCCUAUCUCGAGUAUCUACUCUACUCCGUUCCGGUACCGUCGGGCAUACCGAACCAUGCAUCGAUGUGGUAGAAGAGGAUAGCGAGCACGAGACUUCAUCUCUAGUAAGCCCUACGUGUAGGAUGAGUCGCGUGCAUUCGCGCGAUAUUCAUCACGAAGAUGAAAAUGAGCACCAUUCCGAGAUGUCAGAAGAUCUUGAGGCCCAACAUCACCACCACGUUGCCGAAAAUGCUUUUCUAUCCAUCGGCCUUCAGACUUCCAUUGCUAUCGCCCUACACAAAUUUCCGGAAGGCUUUAUUACUUAUGCGACGAAUCACGCGAACCCUUCCCUUGGCUUUAAUGUGUUCUUGGCACUCUUCGUACACAAUAUUUCGGAAGGAUUCGCACUUGCAUUGCCGCUCUACAUGGCGUUACACAACAGAUUUCGCGCCAUGCUCUGGGCUUCCGUUCUAGGCGGUCUCAGUCAACCGUUAGGGGCAAGCAUUGCGGUGCUGUGGUUUAAAUUAGCCCAGCAUACAAACAUAACGCCCGACGCCGUGGGGUACGGCUGUUUGUUUGCUCUCACUGCCGGCAUUAUGGCUAGCGUGGCCCUGCAGCUGUUCGUCGAGAGUCUAAGCCUCAACCACAACCAGAAUCUAAGCAUUCUAUUCGCGUUCUUAGGUAUGACGCUGCUGGGAAUCAGCAAUGCCUUUACUGCGCACGCGCAUUGAUUAUAAUCAUGCGUCCGCCUCUCUCUACCCCUGAACCAGGCUGAGAGGGAGAGGGGAAACAGAACAUUUAUGUUAUUAGUUACCGUCAGUUUUCUGGUUUGAAGGGACUAAGGGUUCAAGAUGGGAAAUAGGCCAAGAUACCGCUUAAUUGAUUGAAUUGAUUGAUUGAAAGCAUUUUGUGUGUGCGGCGCGGCAUCCUCGGAGUUAAUCAACACGGAUACGAAGAAACGCGUCAAAUGAAAGUCAUAAUUCCGAAUAAGGAAGGGUUACCUAGAUUAACUUGUGUACCUGUCGAGAUCGCAACUUUAUAUAUUUCAUUCAAGGUUGUAGGAAUAGGUACGGGGCAAUGGGAAAGGGGGAGAAAAGAACUCGUCAGUGUAAGGUAUUGUAUAUCACAAAUAAGGUCAAGGCUGAGAGUGUGUGUUGCCUAUAUGCUUUUUUUUUAUCUGUAUAGAUCGGCUUAUAUUAUGUGCAUGAUACCUCCUUGCAAGAGUACGAAGACCUAUGUUUCUGUAAGGUAGCUUUACUUUCGACGGACGCGACUCAUUAGGUUGUGUAGGAGGUACCUAAGUUGAAUGAAUGAAUGAAUGAAUGAAU